GCGAAACUGUCAGUGAAGACAUAAUUAAUUCUCAUACUGUUUGUUAUUUGUUUUAAACGAAGUGAGCAGCUCUGGCAUGUGUCACAACUGAAUGAAAUCAGCAUCCACACAGGUUGGUUUUAAUACUGAAGACUGCAGCUUAUAGGCUCCCCUGUGGACGUGCAAUAUGAAUGAAGAAGAGCUGGUGGAGUAUUUCAGGGCUCAAAUGAGCAAAGACCCGGACAUGGCCUCAGCUGUGGCCGCUAUCCGCACUCUGCUUGAAUUCCUCAAGAGAGACAAAGGUGAAACCAUCCUGGGCCUGAGGGAGAGCCUGAAGUGGGCCACAGACUGCCUGACAGGAGUGGACUCCUCAGUGGCUGUGUCCUCAGGAGGAGAGCUCUUCCUGCGCUUCAUCAGUCUCACGUCACUGGAGCAUCAGGAUCUGUCUCGCUGUAAGAAAGUGAUGGAGGAGAGAGGGGAACUCUUUCUGGAGAAGAUCUCGUUGUCCAGGACCAAAGUGGCUAAGCUCUGCCACACCUUCAUAAAAGAUGGAGCUAAAAUCCUGACUCAUGCGUACUCCAGGGUUGUCCUCAGGGUGCUGGAGAAAGCUGCAGCUGAGAAGAAACGCUUCUCCGUCUAUGUGACUGAAUCGCAGCCUGACGCCGCCGGGCGACAGAUGGCAGACGCCCUUCGAAAACUCAAUGUUCCAGUCACUGUGGUCCUGGAUGCAGCUGUGGGGUAUGUUUUGGAGAAAGUAGACCUGGUCAUUGUCGGUGCAGAGGGAGUCGUCGAGAGCGGAGGAAUCAUCAACAAGAUCGGCACAUAUCAGACGGCCGUGUGCUCCAAAGCCCACAACAAACCGUUCUACGUGGUGGCAGAGAGCUUUAAAUUUGUCCGUCUCUACCCGCUCAACCAGCAGGACGUCCCCGAUAAAUUUAAGUACAAAGCAGACACCCUGAAGACCGUACAGAACCUUUCAGAGGAGCACCCAAUGACUGAUUACACGCCCCCUUCCCUCAUCACCCUCCUCUUCACCGACCUGGGAGUCCUCACACCCUCAGCUGUCAGCGACGAACUCAUCAAGCUUUAUUUAUAAAGAAAAAAAAAACUGUGCCUCAGAACGCUCAAUAAAAAUAUCAAAAAGGUCAAA